AGUUAGAUCCAGUUGUGGAGUCACUGCCGCCAUGAGAGGUCUUCUUCUGGUUCUGAUGCUCUUCAUUUUCGCCAUUCUGACGGCCCGGGCUCUAAACUGCCAGCCGUGUAAGUUACUGGAAGCCCGCAAGGCACAUGCAAAUGAAACGAGUACCCAGCAGAUGUGAGAAAAAGUGCCGAGUGUUGGAUGUUUUUGAUGUUUUGGGGGUCGGGAGAGCAGUGCGAAGUAAUCAGCAGCUUGUUUGACUAAUUAGCAAAACUUACGCACACACAAACACUCACAAAGGCAUCGACAACUUUUAUUCACACUCUCGACAAACGACUUAUUCGAAACUCAGUCUUAAUUGAAUGCUCGCAGCGAAACGACGACGUGUUCCGCACCGAAAAACCUAUUCACUCCAUAAAUCCGUAAAUCGUAGAAAAAACAUGAAGUUUCUGACUUUGCUGCUCGUCCUGGGAAUGUUGAUCGCCCUCUUUGCCGGAUCCUCGGAGGGCAGCUUUUGUCCUUGCGAUCUGAAGACCAAGGGCAGUGAGGUCUGCGGCUCGAAUGGUGUUACCUUCAAAAACCGCUGCGAGUUCGAGUGCAGCCAAAGGGAUUACAAGAAACUUGGACGCACCCUGAACAUCAGGAAUGAAGGACCUUGCAGCUCGACGAUCUGAAAUGUUAAUACAUCUUCGGUCCAAAAUGAGAUCCAUAGAUACUGUAGUGAUGAGUGCGGUGAGAUAGUUCUUGAGAUGAAUAAGUAACUAUCAAAAGCUUAAUACUCUUGUUGAAACCAUCUGAAAAUGCUUUCUCUCGUUUAUCAGUAAUGUAUAUUAUAACCAAGAUACUCAAAACAAAUAAAGCCGUGUGUUUAUUAAUUAAA